GAUGGAAUUCGUCUGGAACGGAAGCCAGCAAUUUCGGUGCAGAAAGGUAAUAUAACACGGCGAAUUCGUGGUCUCCACUCCAAAUUUAGGGAGAGAUUGAAACGGACGCCAUAAAUAAAAGGAAAAAUCCCUACUAAAAAGGAGACGGGUUAACUAUUGGGGGCCGGUCAAUCUCAUCGUCAGUUGCUUUCUCACUCAGGCCAGGGCCAGGAGGCGAGGACGUGGACGCCAACCAAAACCCGGUCACGCACCAUAAAUACUCGGCUGCCUGCCAUCUACGGACCUCCUUUCUUUGCCGCAUCUGACUAACUCCGGGGACGCAUCGCCUUGGCUUGGCAGUAUAUAUAGGAGCUAGCGGACGACGCGCGCGCCCCAUCAAUCGCCAUGGCUGUGGACCUGCAACGCCUGCGCCACAUGUUACUCACCACCGGCGCCGGCGCCGGCCACCACCAGCUCGCCUCCGCCGCUGCUAUACCAGAGAGUGGGCCUUGUUAUGGUGCUGCGGUGCCGAGCCAGCGGCAGCACCAGCCGUACGGCGACCACUUCAUGCUGCCGCCGCCACCGACGACGUCGCCGGCCGCGGAGCAGUAUUCGGAGUUCUUGGCGAUUGCUGCGACUGAUCUGGCGAAGAAGGACGUCAGCCCCGACGGUGCUCAGGAAAUGAUCACCAAGAAGCGGAGGCGCGACGAGCAGUCGUCGAUGCUUGGCGCGGCCGACGUUCUUGCGGCCCACGUCCAGCAGCAGACCAUCGACAUCGACCGCAUCCUGCUCAAACAUGCGAGGAAGAUGAAGACUACUUUGGCGGAGCAGAGGCAGAGCCAGACGAGGCUUAUCGUCUCGGCCGUGGAGGCCAGGGCGGCGAAGCGGCUCAAGGCCAAGGACGAGGAGAUUGAGCGGAUCAGGAGCAUGAACUGGGCGCUCGAGGAGCGCCUUCGGAACCUCUUCAUGGAGGCCCAGAUGUGGCGCGACGUCGCGCAGUCCCACGAGGCCACGGCCAACGUGCUCCGUGGCGACCUGCAGCGGGCGCUCGACGUCCAGGCCGUCCAUGGCGGUGGAAGCGGCCACGGUCAGGAAGACGACGCCGAGUCGUGCUGCUGGGGGGAGAACCAGGUGCCCCUCUGCGCGGAGGAGGAGGUGGGCACGCCGGUAGUGGAGGAGCGUCACGCGACAGGAGCAGGAAGGUGCAAGGGGUGCCGCGAGGGCGCGGCCGUUGUGCUGCUGCUGCCGUGCCGGCACCUCUGCGUGUGCGCGCCGUGCGCGGCCGCGGCGCAGGCGUGCCCGGUGUGCGGAAGCGCCAAGAAUGGCAGCGUCUGCGUCAACUUUUCGUGAUGCGGGAGGAAUAGUUUUAGAGUCGACAUUUUGUUUCCUUCUCAAACUUUACUACAGUCGACUUUAGUUUUGUUUUCUUCACUUUUUUGUUGUUGUUGACGGGGCUGAUAGGGCAAUGGUUGGAUGACAUAGAUAUCAGAGGAGGAGUUUCCCUUGAUGUCAAAAAAAAAGGGGGGGUUUCCCUUCUUUUGUUCAA